AUGAAAUUCACUCUUCUUGCCAUGAUUGCCCUGGCCUCGGGCGCCAUUGCUCAGACAACUACAACUGAAGACCCAGGCCCUUCUCCUACCGCUUCGGUUGGCUGUGAACCGCACGGGAAUCACUGGCACUGCGACGGUCCCGCACUGGCAACAGCAACUACAUCCGCAUCCACAUCCUCCAGUGAGGAAACCACAACAAGUGUCACCCCAACUGCCCCCAGUCCGACCGAGUCAGUGGGAUGCCAGCCUCAUGGUGAUCAUUGGCACUGCGAUGGCCCAGCAGAGACUGGCACAGAUAGCUCGUCAACCGCUUCCGCCUCUGAUGCGGCGGAAACUGGAGCUGCUGGUAUGGUGGGCGCCAACUUGAUCCCCGUCUUCGGUCUCGCAGUUGGUGCUGCCGCACUCUUUGUCUAA